AUGAUAUUUUUUUAAAUAUCAUUUAUAAAAUGUUAAAUUUAUUAUUUUUUAUUAUAAAAAAUUAACAUAUUCCUUAUUAUAAAAAAUAAAGGUCAAGUGUAUGAUAUUCGAGAUAUAGAUAAUAUAGAUUAGUUUCAAUACAAAAAAAACUAAGAAUUUAUGGAAAAAUUAAAAAAAAGGCACAAAAAUGCAUGGCAAUAAUGGUGGACAUCAAAGAAAGAAAACAACCAAAAACUAAUAUAUAGUGUAAGAGACAAUAAAUUUUAAUAAAUCGAAUAAUUAUUAUAAUUCAAAGAAAGGCCAGAUUUGAAAGCCGAUGUAGAUUAUAAAGAUAACAACUAAUGGGCUAGCUUACAUUAUGCUGCUUGUAACGGGCAUAUAUUUAUAUUUAACAUUUUAAUAUCAAAUAAUGCAGAUAUAAAUAUAAUAAAUAAUUUAAAUUAAACUCCAAUAAUGUUAGCAGCAUAAAAAAAUUUCUUUUAAAUAAUUGAAAUUUGUAUAAAAGCUGGUGCAGAUAUAAAUUUAUAGGAUUUAAACUAAUAUACAGCCCUUCAUUAUGCAUGUAAAUGUAAUAGCAUAGAAAGUAUUAAGAUUUUAUUAUCUUGUAAAAAUAUAGAUAUAUCACUUAAAAAUAUGGAAAAUAAAAUUGCGUUUUAAUUAAGUGAUAAUUUUGAUGUUUUAAAUAUUUUUAAUUAAUAUUAGAAAUCUAUUUCUACGGAAAAUCAUUAUAUUAAUAAAAAUUAAUUAAUUUAAUAACAAUAAUAUUUUAAUAGGGAUGACAAUUAAGAAAGUUUAAACAAAAUAAAAACAAUUUAAUAUAUGUUUAGUCCUAAUUCUAAAAGAUAUGUUAAAAGUAUUAGAGAAUCUAAUACUUCUGAUGAUAAAAAAGGUAGUCUAAACGAGCAAAUUCAUUAAAAAAUAGGCCCUGAAUCUUUCCGAAUUAUAAAUUAAAUAGGGAGAGGAUCAUUUGGUGAGGUUUUCCUUGUUGAACUUAAAGGGACUUAAUAAUAUUUAGCAAUGAAAAUGCUCUCUAAAUCGAAAAUUUUAGGUCAGAAUCUAACUAAAUAUGCCCUUACAGAGAGAAAUGUUUUAAGCAUAAUAAAUCAUCCUUUCAUAGUGAAAUUAAUGUAUGCAUUUUAAACUAAUAAAGACCUUUUUCUUAUAAUGGAAUAUGCACCCGGAGGUGAUCUUUCUCAGGCUUUAUAAAGGGAAAAAAGGUUCACAGAAUCCAGAGCUCGAAUUUAUUUUGCGGAAAUCAUUUUAGCAGUGAGGCAUUUACAUAAUAAUGAUAUUAUAUAUAGAGAUCUUAAACCAGAAAAUGUGGUUUUAGAUAGUGAAGGACAUGCUCUUUUGACUGAUUUCGGACUUUCUAAAGACGGAAUAUAUGAUCAUUAUUCAACUCAUUCUUUUUGUGGGUCAUUGGCUUAUUUAGCACCAGAAAUGCUCAAAAAAUGCGGGCAUGGAAAGGCUGUAGAUUACUAUCAUUUAGGCGUUUUGUUAUAUGAAAUGAUUACUGGUAAUCCUCCAUUUUUUAGUGAUUAGAAGGAUGAAUUAGUACAUAAUAUUGAAUUUUAAGAUUUAAGAUAUCCAAGUUAUGUUUCAAAUAAUGCAAGGAAUUUGAUUUCUAAGUUACUUGUAAAAAAUCCGGCUAAAAGAUUAGGUUCAGGGAAAAAUGAUUUUGAUGAAAUUAAAAAACAUCAAUUUUUUAGUGGCUUAAAUUGGGUUUAAGUAGCUUAGAGAAAAGCUAAAGUACCUCCUCCUUAAAUUAAAUAAAUAUUUGAUAGUAAGAAUAAUGAUAAUAUGUAAUUUUAUUUAAGUUAAAAUUAAUAAUAAGUAUAGAAUAAUAAUUACAUUAAAAAUUGGUCGUUUAUUAAUAGUAAUUAUGAAUUUAAAAUAAUUAAAAUUAUAAUUAAAUGUGAAAAUAUAAAUAAAAAAUAUAAACAUAUAUAAUAUUUAAGUUAUUAAUAAUAUAUAUUAUUUAUAUAUUUAUUUUUUAUUAAAAAAUUAUAAUAAAUAAAUAAUAUUUUUAUACAUUAUUUAAUUUUUUUUUCACUUUAAAAAAAAAAAAUAUUAAAUUAAAAAAAAAAAAAUUAAUCUUGUUUAUUUUAUAAUUAUUUAUAAUUACAAUUAAAAUAACAAAAAAUCAAGUUAAUUAAUAAUAGGUAUUUCCAUUUUCAUCAUUAAUAAUUCUUUUUUUUUUGA